AUGAAGAUAAAUGCCGUGAAGGAAUGGCCGAUCCCUAAACCCACCAAAGAGAUAAGGCAGUUCUCGGGGUUUGCCGGCUACUUUCGGCGAUUCAUUCGUGGAUUUGCUGCGAUAGCAAGACCGCUUAAUGAUCUACUGGUCGGGACGCCGACAAAGAUAAAACAGGGAAAACAGACACCGAAGCGGACUAAACCACUUUCAAAUGGACCAUCGUCAGCCACCAUAUCAGUCAGUAGCCCAUUGACAGUGACUGAGAACACAUCGCCCCCUACCGCCAUCACUUGUUCAAGUCCCGCCUGCAACCCUAGCUGCAACGCCAACUGGUUCAACGGCUCAACCAAAAUACUUGCCUCAACGCUUUUUAGUACACCGGUCAGUCGAUACUUCGCGGGAUCGUACACGUGUAAUGUGUCAAAUGCAGUUGGAUUUCGGACUACACAGCUAGAUAUCAUCGUUCACUAUGGACCAUUGUCAGCUACAAUAUCUGUCAGUAGCCCGUUGACAGUGACUGAGAACACAUCGCUCUCUACCGCCAUCACUUGUUCAAGCCCCGCCUGCAACCCUAGCUGCAACGCCAACUGGUUCAACGGCUCGACCAAAAUACCUGGCAUAACGCUAUUUAAUACACCGAUUAGUCGAUACUUCGCUGGAUCGUACAUUUGUAAUGUUUCCAAUGAAGUUGGAUUUAGGACUACACAGCUUGAUAUCAUCGUUCACUACUGUGGACCUACACCAACCAUCCUCAAUGGGGGAUACUGGCUUUUCAAAUCAGCAAACACCACUUACGCAAAUAUAACUUGCGAGGCUGGAUAUGAAUCAAACGUAAGCCAGAUUAUGUGUCAAGCAAAUGGGACGUGGUCAACAGCAAAUUGCGUUGAAAAAGACUGUGGUACCAUUCCUGCAAUUAUUAAUGGAAAGUACACUCUUUGGAACACAUCAAAAACCACUUACGGAUCGCUAGCACAUGUGACAUGUGAUACAGGAUAUGAAUCGAACGUAACACUCAUUAUGUGUCGGGCAAAUGCGUCGUGGGAAAAUGCAAUUUGCAACCCAAAAGGCUGCGGAUCUACACCAACCAUCUUGAAUGGGGCAUACACACUUUUAAACACAGCCAACACCACGUACGAAUCGCUAGCAAAUGUGACAUGUGAGGCUGGGUAUGAAUCGAAUACUAGCCAGAUUAUGUGCCAGGCAAACGCUACGUGGGAACAUGCAAAAUGUAUUCCAAAAGAUUGUGGACCUCUUUCAAAACCUGACAAUGGUGAUGUGGUAUUAAAUGCCAGUACAAAAUAUGAAGCUGUUGCUAACUACAGUUGUAAAGAUGGAUUUCAACCGGUUGGUGAUAUAUCUAGAAUUUGUCAAAAUACUAGCACAUGGUCUGGGGUACAACCAAUAUGCGCUAAAAAAGUGUGUACUGCAAAUACCGAUAGUCGAGGUAUGGACUGGGGUAAUAUUUUAGCGGGGGAAAUGCGAGUGAAAUCGUGUGAGGCCGGUUUUACAGGUUAUGUUACAAGGAAGUGCCUGGAGGAUGGAGAUUGGCAGCUUCCAAAUUACAACUGUACCAGGACUGCCGUGACCAACGUGCUUAUUGCAGUUAAAAGCUUACAAGCUAAUGCCACGACAUCAGAUGUAUUAGACGCCUUGACUCAAAUAUCCAAUGUGACCAAUCAAGAGCAGAAACCAAAUGCAUCUUCACUACUGACAAAUGCUGAGAUAGCCUCGAUAUCGAGCUCAUUGGAAACUGUCGCAAACCUUGUGGAGGAGAAAGGCUUAGUUACACCAGAUAUUGCCAAGAAUUUCUUCAAGUCUGCAAGUAAUUUAUUAGAUGACCAAAACAAGGGGUCCUGGCAGUCUAUGCAAGAAUCGAAAAGCAAUGGCGGAGAAAAGGUUCUAUCUGCAGUCGAUAAAUUGGGCGAAGCACUGAGGAAUAAACUACAAAAUGGAACCGAUGGAUUUAAUACUUCAAUCACCAUCAUUGAAACGAACGUCGCCAUGGAGGUAAAGAGAGUAAAGAGGCAGGAUGUUCAAUUCCCUACAACGAACAUUACCACCGAAAGCUCAAAAGACGAUUGGUUUAAAGACUCGCAAAGCAGUAUUCGUCUUGACGCCGAAGCAUUAGGCAACACUGACGUCGUCGUGACAGCUAUUAUGUACAAGGAUAUGAGCGACAUAUUACCACCCAGCUCGGAAGACAUCACUGGCUCUACAAGUGGCACAGUGUUGAACGGACCCGUUCUUUCUUUUUCCAUAUUUCCGAAGAUUGAAAAUCUAGAUCCGCCUGUAACGCUUGUCUUCAAACAUUUACAGACAAAUCUCUCGAGUGCCUCAUGCAGUUAUUGGAAAUUCGGAAGGCCUGAGCAGCCGGGCUAUUGGGACAAUGACGGAUGCAAAGUUCAAACUUCAAAUGACACGAUUACUGUGUGUAAAUGUGACCACCUCACAAACUUCGCUGUGUUGAUGAGUCCUUUUGUUGAGGCAGAUGAACAGUCCAGUGAGAUACGUCUAGUGUCGAUUGUUGGCAUUUCAGUAUCUUCAUUUUGCCUACUUCUGACGAUUAUUGUUUUUGCAAAGCUGUGGAGAUACGUUCGUAGUGACAGAUCCAUUUUGUUGCUGAAUCUCAUCUCUGCGCUUUUAAUCUCGUACGGGAUCUUCAUUGGAGGAAUCGACCGUACGGACAAUAAGAUUGUUUGCACGGUAGUCGCGGCUGCGUUACACUACAUCUAUUGCGCCGUCUUUUGCCUCAUGCUUGCAGAAGGCAUUGGGAUUCUGAGGGAAGUUAGUUUAGUUUUUUCACAAAAUUCACCACUCCGCCAGCUGUUAGUGUUUGCAUGGGGUGUUCCUGUAAUCAUAGUUGGAAGUACACUUUCAAUCACUAAAACAAAUGGAUAUGGCAACGAUCAUUACUGCUGGCUGUCUCUAGCUCGUGGACUCAGAUGGGCAUUUGUUGGUCCAGCCUUAUUCGUUAUACUGUUCAACGUCAUUGUUUUGAUUCUGUUGUUUAAGAAAAUGUUUGCUCUAAAAGCCAUGGGAGAAAAGCCAAUUAAAGACAAGAUCAAGACAACUCUUUGGGCUCUGUGCGUUCUUGUGCCCCUGAUGGGCAUCUCCUGGAGUCUCGGCAUCUUCUACAUCAACGAGUCGGCCUCAUUCAUGCAGUAUGUGUUCGCAGUCUGCAACGGGUUGCAGGGCGUUUAUAUCUUCGUAUGCAACUGCGUUUUAAAUAAAAAGGUUAAAGAUGGCUUCGAGAGGGAGAGACUAAGGCGCUUAAACAAAUCGAUGACGAGUUCGUUUUCACUGAAUCUACAUAACGUGUCGAAAGAAUCGACCAGUGAACGACGUAAUUGCGAUAAAGACAACACUGAAUCAGAUCCAUCCGUCAGUUAAGUGCAUCUAUUUCGGCUCGAACCUUCAAAAGGAACGUAUUACCAUAAUAGGAGCGUCUGGCAAUCAAUGGCAUAACAAGCAACGUGUAAAUUUGAUUAAUUCAUAUGAUUGAUCUUGACGAUAACACAACUGCUGGGAGUGUAAUAGAAGUGGCCCAUGUUAUGUUUGAGUCAGAUUUUCGUUAUUCAAGUAUUAAUGAGCAUUUGAAGGUUUUCGAAGGUUUUAUUACCAUUCUAGAGAAACCGAUCUGAUUUAUUCCGACCACAAAACCAAAAAAUUUGUACGUAAAAUAAUUCAAAAUAUUGAUCAUUGAUCAUGUAUAAUAUUGUAAUUAAAUUGUAGUGCAUAAUCAGAAAUCACUACUAUUACAACUUGCUAUAAACUCAUCUUUUUUGCAUGUGUGUGCUUCAUUGUUUCGAUUCGGAAUCAUAAUGUAUCGUUUGAUUUGAUGUCGAAACAAAUUAUAAAGGAAUAUGUUGUAUCAUCUGGUUGACAAUUUGAAACAAAAAUGUAAAAAAAUGGAUAUUAACAGCUCUGUAUAAGAUAUGUUACAGAUUUUUAAAGAUCAUUGGCAUAAAAGGAAUUGUUAUGAUUGCUUCCUAGACGUAUGCGCUUGUUUUUUGAAAGAUAAAGAGUGUCUGCACACCAAUCUAAACUGGCAGAUAUGCGCAGCAAAAUAUUAAUUAUAUGUUGAAAUUACUUUGAUUAAGAAUCAACCAAUCAAUCAAUCAAAGUUGAUUGGCAAUCCGGCAGUCUGCCUUUGGCCAAGUACAUAUAUACACAAGUAAUAUGACCAGGGAAUCAUACAAUAAUACAAAUUAAAUAUGAGCAAAUUUGACAAUCUGGACAAAUAUGUGUGUUUUUAAAUAAAAUAAUGUUCGUUAUCAUGCAAUUAUACAACUGUUUACUAUUUAAAGUCUGAACUCUAAGUUUUAACGCAUCAACCAAAAAGUGUACAUUGUUUGUCAGCUUUAGAAUAUUCGUACAAUACAUCAAUGAUGCGUUUUUCUUAUGGUAGGCCAUGAUUUCUGGGUAUUAUAUUUUAAACGUUAAUAUAAUGGACAACAUAAUGAUACGUGAUAUAAUGAUUCACAUACAUUCUGGUUAGUAAUACAAAGUUUACACGUGCGUUCUAUUCGGGACAAUGUAAACUAAAUUGAAAUCGGCUCAUUUGGAUUCUUGACUUUUCAUAAGAUAAACAAUCCAGGUAUUUUUCAUAUCCGAAGCGUUUUUUAGAAUUUAAAGAAAAGGUCCGUUUUGGACUGAGAAGCUUAAGAAUCGCUCCAUUUUUGGACAAAUGGGCUUAAAUACUUUGGUUUACCAUGUAACAAUGUUACACGUGAAAUCAGUUUUAUAUACAGCAUAUAACCCUUGUCAAGAUUGUCUAACGUUAACAUCAAACACCAUAGAUUAAUUUUCGUACAAUUGAAAUUGAUUAAAAUAAUCAUCUGUUCCAUAAAAAACUUGAAACAAUUAUGACUUUUGGUUAUUUACAACUUUCAUCCAAUAACACAGAGCUUGUAUGUAACAUAAAACGGCUAGAGGGAAUUUACCCAAUUCACCAAGAACAGCAUAGUUUAAAGUAUAUUGUUUUACACAAAGAAUAUUUUUGCAAAAUAUCAGAGUUUUUUUUCAAAAUGUCAUACUCAUAUCAGACUCAUACAGUGUGAAUGGUGUUACUAAUGAAUCGAAUAGAGCUUGUUCGGUUUUGACAUCUUAUUCGACACAGCAAAAAUUAGAUACAAGAUGAUUAUAUGCUCUAAGUGCCUGUUCAUUUUAUAUUAUUACAGUAUUAGACAUAUUUUCUGCGUAGAUGAAAUUUUUACCAAAAUAUACAAAACUGUCAACAAUUUCAAGGCACUUGUUAUUUAUUUAGAAGACGAAUAACAUUGUUUAUGAAAUUGCCGCUAUUACACUGACUUGAGAAAACAUAUAUUAACCGUAUAUUUUAUAUUAACCCAUCUGUAUAUACAUUCCACAUGUUACUUUUUUCAUGUGACUAAUCAAACAAUUCUAAUGUAUGUAAAUAUAUCAAUUAUGCGUGAGGAGAAAUACAAUCCUAAAUAAUCGCGGGUAAUACAUCUCAUUACCGCUUAGAUAGAAUAUACGUGUUUUUGCAAUUGAUUCUAUUUAAUUGUAUUUAUAUUAUUCUAUAAUUAUUUUAUGUUAUAUUCUGUUAUAUUGUUAUACCAAUUCACGUGACAUAAAAUUAUAUGAAUAUGUAUUUAUGAAGACGAUGUAUAAGUCUGAAUAAAUUUUCUGUCUGUCUGUCUGUCUGUCUGUCUGUCUGUCUGUCUGUCUGUCUGUCUGUCUGUCUGUCUGUCUGUCUGUCUGUCUGUCUGUCUGUCUGUCUGUCUGUCUGUCUGUCUGUCUGUAUGUAUGUCUGUAUGUCUGUAUGUCUGUCUGUAUCUGUUAGUAUGGCUGCAUGUCUGUACGGCUGUAUGUCUGUAUAUAUGUAUGUCUGUAUGUCUGUCUGUGUAAAUAUUGCAUGUUAAUACCGCAUAGGUGAAACCUUUUUAGCGUAGGUUGCUAAUCGGCAUAUACCUUCUAAAUGCCUACAUUUUGAAUUUUCGCAAUAUUUUAAGUUGAAAACAUGAAAACUUUUAAUUAUAUCUAGUUAAAUGUUAAUGCCAUUAUAAAUAGUGUUGUUUUAAUUUUUAAAUUAGCUACACAAUGAUAUCAUUAGAUGUUUAAUAGCGAGUGUGUUUAUAUCUUAUAUACUGUCCACAAAUAUCAGCUGAGAAUGAUACACUAUUGUCUUAUAGUACAUGUUGAUUGCUUAAUAAAGUAUGUAUACUCGAA